GCUUCAUUAACAUUUGUGUAGUCUAUUGGGUCUCUAGGUCGUGCCUAAGAUUGACAAUGGUUGCAAAACUCCAGCUGAACCUCGCCCUGUGCGCCUUCCUGCUGUGGCUCCACUGCGAAGGCGUGUCUUCCGAACUCUUGCGUCCAACCGUAUCUCGUAGCGAAGCGCGCAAGAUCUGCGUGGAGCUAUGCUCUUCAGGGUUGGGCGGUCACUCCUGCGGCGACGACUGCGUCGAUCUCACUCCUGCAGAUCUGCCCGUUGCAGGAGCGGCGGCAGGAGCGGCUCCCCCAUCAGGAGCCGCCGAAAACAACGAGACGCGGGUGCGAGAUGAGGUCUGCGACAUGCUGUGCCUCAACGGCCUUGGCAAGCCGCUCUGCAAAUGUCCCGGAGGCAAUUGGAGAGAUGACCAGCACAGGCCAAACUUCAUACAGAUUUGCAGUUUUUAUUGCCUCCACUACAACUACCAACUGAACGGGUGUCAAUCCUGCGAGGCAUAUGCUACCGCUUCGGAGUUCUCUAAGCAGUCGUUGGUCCUGGAAAGCGACCCUAAAGUCAACUGGCCUGCAUGGUGUGUCAGAAAAUGUCAUGCGGGAGACGGUGGGGCAGCUUGCGAAUGCGACCUGCUGCCUAUGGGGCUCAUCACCAAAAAAUAAAUCCUACCGUGGGCGUCCAUACUAGGAGGCAAGAGAGCGUUUAUUGAACUAGUGGGGGUGUCUUUUUUUACUCCUCAAAGCAUCUUAAUAAUUCAAAAUAAUUUUUGCUCCCACCGCUUUAAACGGGUGAUCCAAAACUGCCCCCCUCUGCUUUUUGCUAUAUGGGCGGCCAUGAAUCAUUUAUCUACUUGUUAUGAUGUUCCUUUUGUCAAUUGCUUUGGAUGGGUUAUUUUAUUGUUGAAUGACAAUUCUGUUUUUAUGUAGGAAGACAUUUAUAUACGUUCCUCGGGGAUUGAGUUUCUUCUGAAGAAUGGUCUGUCCUUCGAUUUUAAAUAGUACCUAACGCUUCUCUGUGGAACGUUCAACGAACUAUUUGGCAUUUGCUUUUCAUAGUAGGUUGUUACAGUUGUCAUCACAAGAUUCCAAAAAUUGGAAGAUUUUCCACAAUUUCCAAAUUAUCUAAUCUACAGAAAUCUUCUAAAUGUUUGUGAUUUGAAAAUUCUAAAUAUUUUGAAAAUUCUGAAUAUUCUGAAAAGACCCCGCACAAAAUCGAAAAUGAGUCUCAGUUGAUUAGUCUAAAAAUUGAGGAUGAUAUAAUUGUCUCGCAUUACUGACCAAAGGUUCUCAUGAGACCAAAGCAACCCUAUAAUUAGUUUCUGAGAAAUAAAUGGAGGAAGUUUGCCUCAUUUGAAACAAUGGCGUUUUAAUGGAACACUUCUUUAACAAACUGAUUCUUUUUUUGCAAGCCAGGCAAACUUAAUCCCCCUACUCCUGAGAAACUAAUCAUGGGAUUGCUUUGGUCCUAUGAGAAAGGAGAGAGAUAUGUCGUACUGAAUUUUUUGAUAAAUCGAAUGGUACCCAUUUUCAAUAUGUUUUGCAGGCGGCCCUUUGAAAGUCUUGACAAGUCUUCAAAUUUUUGAAACUGAAAAUAUUGAUAACUUCCAAAGUUUUGAAAACCGUGACUAAUCUGUUAAUUUUGAAAAUUAUGAAAAUGUUAUGAGCUUUCCCAGUUUUUAAAAAAAAAAUCUUUUUCAAAGCUGGAAAUUUUAAAAGUUUUGAAUUUUUCGAAAAUCUCAGAAAUAUUGAGUAUGUAUUUUGGAAAAUCGAAAAAUUGUGAAAAUUUUGGUAGUUUUGAAAAUGUCGAAAAUUGUGAUUUCGAAAAAUUUUACAAUUCCUCAAACGGUACUCAAUCCUCAACCAACGUCUACGAACGUGACAGGCUGUUAUCUACAGUCGCCUCCUGAUGACAAAUAAUGAGUGUCACAGUAACGGACGCUUAAGGGAGUAUUAGUCACUUAAAUGUAAUUCUGGCAUUUCCAACUGUCACUUGAAGGAUUUUUUUGCAAUUUUGUGGAUAAUAUCCAGAUUUUGCUUUUAGGUGCUUGGUCGUAUGUUACGUGCUAAAUUAUUUUUAAAGUCUCACUCAAGUGUGACCUAAGAGACACUCACCUCUGAAGGGGGGAUGCUUUUACCUGCGAAAUGUAUAAUUUGUGUGAAAUUAUGUACAAUGUUGUCUCCUGAUUAGCAUUUAAGGUCCUAUGCGAGAUAUCACACGAAUCAGCUUAGGAUUGUUUGAAACUCAAAUAUUUCACAACAUCAAAUAUUCUUGAGAGCUACGCCUUAAGUAAAACUCACACCCUCACUUAGGUGGUGUCUAUAAAUAUGAGCCUAACAUUUCAUUAUACUUUGCUGCUAUGGCCCAGGUGUCGUUAGGCAUUCAUGAUUACAGUAUACUUAAACGAAUUGAAUCAUGACUUUACAAUUUACGUAUAUUGUAAACUAAAAAUCAUUGAAUAUCGCUGUCAAAACAUAUCAUGAGAAAAUUGCAGCUAAAUUGUGCUAAGUGACUUCAACUUUAUAGAAAAUAAUUCGAGUCAAUAUUACUCCGGCAGAAAGUACACUCAAAAAUAACACUUACCGAGAUACAUGAUGUUGAAGUUACGAUUUUGAAAUCCAUAAUAUACAGGGUUUGUAGUUUAUGUACUGUCCAUAAAUCCCUUAUUACGCAAGAUAUCUAAAGAAGUUGAUUACAAAAGUUGUAGACUACUUAUUUAGGAAACAUUUUUAUCUCUACAGGAUGAUUCUAACUGUGGUGACCCAGGCAUCCAUUUUUUUUUAACAAGACAAAACAAUUUGAUAUAACAUGCUAUAGGGUUUUAUUUUCAAGUAGUUGAGAUAUUGAACAAACUAUCGAAAAAACACUUAACUUUAUAAAGUUUUUGAAGGCUCUCAUGACUGGAUUUUGAGUUACAGCCUUUUGUAUAUCAGAUGUCAGGGAAAAUGAAAAAUACUACAGUACCUUUACUCAAUUAAUAAUAGCAUUUAUUUAAUUUAAUAACAGAUUUUAUUUAAUAACGGAAGAUCUUUAGAGUUGGUGUAAAAAAUAAAAAAUAAAGUUGAACUGAUGACUCAACAACCCUCUAAUCGUAAUAUCUAGUGUAUAGUGUAUGUUUCGGAGGCUUUUAUCAAUAUCCAUGAAAUAAGUACACAAGAUGUAUACAAAUCUCAUUUGCGCCCCGUCAAAAAAAAGCAGCAGAGCGCGAAGUUCAAACUCGCGCGAGUCUAUUGCCAGCGGGUCCUAAAUGCCUGGGCAGGCAACGACAAUCGAAAAGAAGCGACGAUCGACUGCUUACUUCUACGUACAAGGCGUAAAUGAGGUAUGGAAUAUGCUGUAGGUACCUGGAUUAUGACCCAGUGCUACUUCAUAUAGGGCAUUAUCCAAACGAAUAUUUGUUGUUACUGCGCCAAAAUUACUUAUUCUCAAGUAGCAAAUGUUUUUUCUAAGACUCAAUGUAAACCUAAUAGUUAUUUUGGUAUUUGUCAUAUUUCAAGCAUCACUGAGUCAAAAUAUACAUAAAUGGAUUCACAACGCCAUUUAUUAAAUACGAGGGCGGUUCAGAUAUGAUCGAGACAAAUGCUGUAGAUGGCGUGCAUGUAUGUCUUGAAGGUCGUGGCUUGAGUAUAUGAUAGCUGCGUCCCUUACGAAUUUAUAUUGUCAUUCGUUUUUUAGUGUGGGAAGGCAAUAAAAACACGGAAACUUUUCUGCGUUUGCAAAAUCAGUUCUGUAGUGAGUGUCUGAGUAGGGCUGCUGUGUUUAAAUGGGCCAUAGCAUUCAAGGAUGGCCGCGAAACCAUCGAGAAUGAGCUGCAUGAUCGUCGACCGCGAACCAGCAUCACACCAGACAGCUUUCGCCGUGCUGUACGUCGACUUCCUGAGCACCCAACGUUCCACCAAUGCUGCAUACUACUCUAACCUUCUAAAAACAUAGGUGAAACCCGCUUAUCGCUUGAAAUGGAGAAGCAUUCCAGCAAGAAGUGCGAUUCUUCCCCAGCGCCCUUAUGCUGGGCGUCUCAGGCUCGAUACAAUAUCGAAAUUGGGGUCGGAGGUACUGCAACACCCCCCUACAGUCCGGACUUAUCACCCUGCGACUACUACAUGUUUGGAUCACUGACAGAAGCCCUCGGAGGUCAAAGGUCAAGGAUUCGACAACGACGACGAGGUAGAAGAGUUCGUGCGCACAUGACUGUCCGAGAUGCCCAAGGAAUUAUUCAAUACCGGCAUUAAAAAGCUCCCGGAAAGGUGGAAAAAAUGCGUAACUAGUGAGGGAACGUCCCUAGAAAAACUGUAAAUUUUUGUAAAAUUUUUCGAUAGUAAAUAAACGUGUCAGACCAUUUGUCUCGAUAAUAUUUGAACCACCCUCGUACAAUUGCUUGCUUCAGUUUAUUUAUGACAGUCUAAGAACCGUUCUGGAACGAUCAAACUCUUGCACAUUAAGGAAAAAUUGUGAGAGUUAUCGUAACAGUUUUGGGAGCGUUGUAAAACAGCUUUGUUACGGUGAAUUCGGCGCAUGCGUAUGAAAGCGCAACAAAUGAUAAUCGAACGAGUCUGGUACGGUCUGGUACGAUAACAGACCUCAAAGUUGGAACAAUACAUAUGUUUGGGUUUGCUCAAGCACCCUAAAUUAUGAAAUAUUAUUUUUGUUUUUGAAAUUGAUGAAUGUUUGGUAACGUAUGUAUUAUCUGUAAUAAAUAUGUAUAGGUACAGCGCUGGAGUAAAGCGUACUCAUUUUUAGAUUUCUAUGUGCACGAGACAGACAGAGAGAGAGAGAGAUAAACUGACGAAUAAUGUUAGGAAGAGUGCGCCAAAUAAGCGUCGUCACCAGUUCGCCUGGCAAUGACAGUGCAUAGCUAUAUGAGUCUAAAUAGGAAAACGACUUUGAUCAGCACUGUAUAUCCAAUUUCUAAAGACCGUUAUCAAACAAUAAUCAAUUUGUUGCGAGUAAUUGAUGCGUUAUAAUACAGGCCUGUGGGCUAGUAUCUUUAAACAAUAGGUAUUCAGAUAGAUUGGGAUACUGACCUAAGUGCAUUUUUAUUUCAUGUCCAUUUUAUAGACAGCAAAUUCUUAAUUUUCUGGGUAGGUAACACAGGAAAACAGUAUUUCCAAGACCUCAAUUUAUAAUUUUGUAAAUAAUGACGUAUUAUGAAUUAGUGAAUGAAAACAUUUCAAACCUUCAACAUUGUAAGUAUGUAAUAUGACGUUGUUCCUACUUAUGGUCAAUAUUUUUUGUUAGCCUAUAUUGUUCUUUUUAUUCGUGAUCUCGCAUGUAAAAAAUGCAUAUUGCUAUAGUCCUAAUAGUAAGAAUUUCCUUUUAAAAUUAUUUUUAUGUUUACGUUUACACCACUGUUGUGUAAGGACAAUAACUAUUUAGGAAAAAAUGUAAAAUUGUAAGACCCUAUUCUACCUAUUAGCACUAAUAGCUAUCCAAGUGAUCUGCAUGUUUUGUAAUUUAUCGAAGCUUGGGUCAAACUUUUAAUACAUCUUGACAUUUCGGAUACGUCCAGCAGGCUUUUUGACAUAAAAAUAUCAACCCAAAGGUGCCAGCUUUGCCAAGCAAUUUGUUUAGAUCACUUGAAUACCCUGACAAUACGACGCAUCUUAUAUUUUCUCGGCUUCCACAAAACAGAAAUGGUUCUGCGAAAUAUCCAUAGAUAUGUUUCUUUAUUAGUUGAACAUAAACUUGAAUCGCAAAAUUUGUUUAUACAUACUGUACAGUUGUCUAAAUAAAUAAAUGUAUUGAAAAC